AUGGAAAGCUACAAGUGUAGGUUUUGCUCUAAGAGCUUCGUCAAUGGAAGAGCUUUAGGUGGUCACAUGAGAUCUCACAUGCCGACGAGUGCUGAAGAAGAGGUAGAGGAAAGGCCGAGUCAACUCAGUGAUGAGACUGAGUCGGAUGUUUCUUCCUCAUCGUCUGAAGAGGGAAAGAGAAAUGACAAUCCGACGAUGGAUGAUGAUCCGAAGUUUGCUUUCAGAGGCUCUGUUCUUCUCGAGGACGGUGAAAGCGAGACCGAGUCGUCGAGAAAUGUUGUUAACCUGACUCGGAAACGAUCCAAGCGAACUCGGAAGCUCGACUCGUUCGCGACGAAGAAGAUGAAAACGAGCCAAGUUGGUUACAAGACCGAGCCUGAGUCCGAGCCUCCUCACAGCUCAGCUUCGGAUACAACGACGGAGGAAGAUCUCGCCUUUUGUCUCAUGAUGCUCUCGAGAGACAAAUGGAAGAAGAACAAGACUGGUAAAGAAGUAGUAGAAGAGAUGGAGACGGAAGAAGAAUCAGAAGGUAAUAACAAAUCGAGCAAGAUGACGACGAAAGGGAGAUACAAGUGCGAGACUUGUGGAAAAGUGUUCAAAUCUUAUCAAGCGUUGGGAGGACAUCGAGCAAGCCACAAGAAGAACAGAGUUUGCAACAAAACAGAGCAACGAAGCGAAACAGAGUACGGUAAUGCGGUUGCUGCUAAUGCAGAGAAGAGAAUCCAUGAAUGUCCGAUUUGUUUGAGAGUUUUCGCGUCGGGACAAGCCCUUGGAGGUCAUAAGAGAUCUCACGGGAUCGGGAAUUUGUCUGUAAAUCAUCAUCAUCAUUAUCGUCAAGUUCAUGGAGUCGAGUCAGUGAGACAGAGGAUUAUAGAUCUUAAUCUUCCUGCACCAACCGAGGAAGACGAAGUCUCUGUGGUGUUUCAAUGA